AUGGCAAGUGUAGAUCAUGAUUAUUGCUUUCGUUAUGUAGAUAUUGGAGCAAAAGGAAGACAGUCGGAUGGUGGUAUAUUUGCAGAUUGUUCCUUAAAAUAUGCAAUUGAAAAUAAUAAACUAAACCUCCCAAAAGACACAGUUUUUGUUGCCGAUGAAGCGUUUCCUAUGAAACCAUAUGCGCGAAGAAAUUUAACAAAAGAACAAAAAAUUUUUAACUAUAGAUUGUCAAGAGCUAGGCGUAUAGUAGAAAAUGCUUUUGGAAUUCUAACAAGUCGAUUUAGAGUUUAUGAAAAACCAAUAUCGCUUAUUCCAGAAAAGGUAGACAGUAUCGUAAAUGCUACUUGUGCUUUACAUAAUUGA